AUGGAUUUUCGCUACAGCGACCUUUGCUUAAUCAUCGUCGGCCCGGGCGAUGAUUCCGAGGAGCUUUUGGCGCGGCGCCGGCUCGAGGCGGGAGGGCGCCUGUGCCAUGUGCAGACGCGAGGACCUGGUGAUGAGCGAGUCUCGAUGCUACACCUGCAGGAGGGAGGCUCCGUUUUUUGGCGUCCACCACCUACGACGAUGACGAUUUCUGACCUGGGGCGGCGUUUAGGUGCACGCCGUGGUCGGUACUGGACCAAGACCGGUCCCGAUGCGAUAUCUCUCCCGGAGAACCAUCAGCUUCACAUCCUGUCCGAUGUUGGGCAGCUUAGACACAUUCGGAUCGUGGCCGACACUGGGGAAGUCUGCGUGGAGAUGUCUGGGCAGGUCGUACUCAACCCAGAUCACUCGCUCGCAAGGUACCAUCAUGUGGAGGUCAAAGACGCACAGAUGAAGUCAUUUGGCACCUUCUCCGUAAGUGGCGUGGUCUGGACGGUAUGCCUCCAAGCACUUGCCUUGACUGCCAGAUCAGUUCUCUUCAUUUAUGUGGAGACAGGUACUAGUAACACUGUGCAGACUCGUUGGGGCCGGGCCGGGGUGAGUGUCUUCACUCACCUUCUAUCGAAUAUUGCUGCCACGGAGUUUUAUUCCAUCGCCACAGCAGGAGCACCUGCUUCCACCCUGGUGCAACUUCUUGCUCUGCCUUCGACGGUGUCUACCAGCACGCUGCUGCUGCUAUUGGGAGCAUCGGCAACGGUCGCUGACGGGGCCUCCGCUUGCUCCACACUGUUCCUUCCGAUUUUCCUUCAUUGUUGGAGGACCCGUCAUGUUUUCCCGGAGCGGAAGCUACGCCGAAGCUGCUUGUGGUUGCUGGGCUUGUGCACAUGCACCCAGGGACUCUUCUUCGUGUUGCUGCUGAGCUGCACAGCUUACGUGCGCUUGAUCCAGGAUGGCUAUUUCAUGGCAGGAUCCUUCUUCUUGCCUUGUUCCGUAGCCGCGAGUGAAGCUCUCUUUGUGGCGGCAUCGCGCGAGGUCUAUUGCAGAUUUGCGUGGCCCCAUCGAACUGGAGGGACCGGAGCUGUGCCUGGGGAUCAGCUGAAGAUUCCUGUAACCCUUUCGGUGGCCAUGAUUCACGGUGCUUUUGAGUGCAUGCGUCUGGCAGCCGUGCUGGCUGGGGCGAUCCGGAAUGCCGGCCUUGAGUGGAUUGUAGUCGCGGUUUCCACAUACACCAUCAAUAUACUGGUGCGCCUGGGGUGGAUCCGUUUCGCGCUAUUCAGUGCGGUGCAAGCCACAUGUGGCCAUCGAGUCGCGCUGCGCUUCUUCGGUGUUUCUUCCUGGACAAAGCUUCACGAUGAGAUCAAGGUUUAUUUAGGCUACUUCAGGUUUAUUCCCGUUCUAGCGUUGGUGGCUGCCAGGGCCAUGGUGCACGGUUUACAACCGUUUGAUCAGCCUCAGACGCCUGGCUUCAGUCUCUCGGCCUCUUCUGCGAUCUUUGGGUUCCUCCUGACGGAGAUCCUGGAAGACGUGACCGUGGUUUUGCAGGUGUUUCCCGAAAGCCCCACGACUGUGGCAAUGCAACAGGAGCCGCCGUGCUUCAUGCAUCCGAGAUCGCUGGCAGCUUUCCAGCAGCAGCUCAGGCCACCAGGCGAGUUCAGUCACAUCGCCUGGAGCGACGCCAAGCCCAAGGCCUGCACAGAGAUUGUGCUUGGCACGAGCAGCGACGCCUGGGGGAAAUUCCGGAGGAGGCUUGGCGAGAAGGGCAGGCUUGUGCCGUCUCCCUCACUGCACGGACUAAGAGAGCUGCCCUUCAUCAUCCAGUGUGCCACCGCGGGUGCCGUGUGCAACAUCAUGCUUAUGUUGCUGGGCGCUUUGUUGGGGGACGGAUACCUGCGCGGCUUGCAUCCCACGCCUUGUGGCACUGAGAGUCUUCUCCAGAACUGGAUAGUUUGGACCGUGCCAUUAUCAUGCUAG